AAUGUGUUCAGCACAUUAGUGACAUCACUUAAAUUGUUGGUGGUCAAAUUUGUUUACUUUCCUCGCAGAUUCAUUAUUUUUAACUAUAAAAAUAAUAUUCCUGAAUAAUAGUGAAAUAUUAAAAACCACUAAACAUGGAAAUUCAAAUGGAAAAACAUAAAAUAGAAUGUGCUGAUUUAGAGAAAUGUGGAGAAAUUACUACUCAGUUGUCAAUUGGCCAAAAAGAAUUUUUCUUAAAUUGUAGCUUUUGCGACUACACUUUUCUUCAUUUAGGAGAUUUCAUUCAACACAUUUGUGAGGAUCAUAUGUGUAAUUUUAUGAACCCUAAAGUUAAGGAUGAAGAUGAUUAUUCCCUGCAAGAAGAUAUUGAAGAUAUUGAACAAGAUAACAACUUUCCGACGACAGUUUUAAAAGAGGAAGAUAUGGACGAUGAUGAUGCACAGUUCUCGGCGGCAGAUUCGAAUGAGGACAGCGAUGACAGUAAAACGAAUUUACAAGACUUCGAAAAAGUUGAAAUAGAGUUGGACGAUAACCAGGUGAAAAAAUCUAUGAACUUUAAAGAGUUGAACAUAACGGAUGGAUACGCCAGCGAAGAUGCUGAAGAUAGUAUUAGCGAAAGUGAAACAGAAAAAAAUUAUAUUGAUAAUGAAGAUGAUGUAGAGAACUCUGAAAUUGCGGCUCAUUUAAAGGAAAAUUAUACACCCGAAAAAAAUAUUUAUAAAGAAUGUAAUACAGAAAAUUCUGAGAUUUCUGCUUAUAUAGAGGAACUUGGUUUAAAUGGAUCGUUUAAUAAAAAUAAGAUGCUCGCAAUAUUUGAAGGGUAUGAAAAGCGGCCUUUUCUGUGGGAUAACGAUUUGCAAUUACCCAGAGAUAAUAAGAAAAGAGAGAAGGAAAUAAAAAAUAUUGCUGAAGAAGUGGGUAUUCCAAGCGACUGGGAGUCCAUUCGUAAAAUGAUUGGAAAAUUAAGCAGUAAGCUUCGGACUGAAUUGGUACGGAAAAAAAUUUAUCUUUCUAAAGGCAAAAUAUAUACACCUGUUUGGUAUAACGAUCUUACUAUGUUUUUAAAGCCAAAACGAAAAAAAGCUGAGGUAAAACCAAAAACGUUACUGAGGAAAUUCACAACUCCAGAAACUAUUUUAAAUGAUGAACAAGCUAUAGUUUUAGCUAAAAUUUAUAACAGUCUGUCCACUCUUUGGGAUGAAACAGAAAUUACAUACAGAUUUAGUAAUAGAAGGCGAGAAGCUUUACAAAUGCUACUUAAAGAUUUUAAUAAGCAAACUGGAUUAAACCUUACAAAAUAUGAUAUGGAAUGCGAAAUUUCAAGACUACGAAAGCUUGCUUCUAAUGAGAAGAGACAAAAAUUUAUGUGUAAACGACAAAAUAAGAUUUUUAAGCCCUCGUGCAAAUUUUACAGUCACAUCGCAUUUCUUGAGACUGACGUUUCGCCUUACGAAUGUCCAAUAUGUGAAAAGUUAUUAAGUGGCACACAACAAUACAAGGUGCAUUUGGCAUCACAUGAUGGUUCGUUGCCAUUUAAGUGUCACAUUUGUGGGCAUGGUUUUAAGUUGGUGACCAAUUUAACGGUACAUUUACGUAGGCAUGCUCAAGACUACUUGUAUAAAUGUGAAGUGUGCGACAAACCCUGUGCAACAACAACUGAAUUGAGGACUCACAUGCGAUGUCAUACUGGGGAAAAACCAUAUGUUUGUGAAAUUUGUGGCAAAAAAUAUCGAUCAUUAGCAGAAUUGAGGCCGCAUAAAUUACGCCACGAUAAAAAACCUCUGUAUCAAUGUGAAAUUUGUAAUAAAACAUUCUAUAUGAAAUCUUUGUUGACAGAACACAUGCAUGUGCAUUCCGAAGUGCGAGAUAAAUUAUGCAAUAUAUGUAAAAAAGGAUUUACCAGUAAUAAACAUCUACGUCAACACAUGCUAAUCCAUUCUUCCGAAAAGAAAUAUGCAUGUAAAAUAUGUGGUAAACGUUUUGCACAGUAUGCUGGACUUAGCGGCCAUGUGAAGUCACAUGGUACGACAUUAAUUGAGAUUAGUUCUAAAAGUGUUGAUUUAGUACAAGAAGAUCAGGAAAAACCAUUAAACAUGGAAAUUCAAAUGGAAAAAGAUAAAAUUGAAUGUGCUGAUUUAAAGAAAUGUGGAGAAAUUACUACUCAGUUGUCAAUUGGCCAUAAAGAAUUUUUCUUAAAUUGUGGCUUUUGCCACUACACUUUUCUUCAGUUAGGAGAUUUCAUUCAACACAUUUGUGCGGAUCAUAUGUGUCAUUUUAUGAACCCUAAAGUUGAGGAUAAAGUUGAUUAUUCCGUGCAAGAAGAUAUUGAAGAUAUUGAACAAGAUAACUUUCCGACGACAGUUUCAAAUGAGGAAGAUAUGGACUAUGGUGAUGCACAGUUCUCGGCGGCAGAUUCGAAUGAGGACAGCGAUGACAGUAAAACGAAUUUACAAGACUUUGAAAAAGUUGAAAUAGAGUUGGACGAUAACCAGGUGAAAAAAUCUAUGAAUUUUAAAGAGUUGAACGAAAGUGAAACAGAAAAAAAUUAUAUUGAUAAUGAAGAUGAUGCAGAGAACUCUGAAAUUACGGUUAAUUUAAAGGAAAAUUAUACACCCGAAAAAAAUAUUUAUGAAAGAUGUAAUACAGAAAAUUCUGAGAUUGCUCCUUAUAUAGAGGAACUUGGUUUAAAUGGAUCGUUUAAUAAAAAUAAGAUGCUCGCAAUAUUUGAAGGGUAUGAAAAGCGGCCUUUUCUGUGGGAUAACGAUUUGCAAUUACCUAGAGAUAAUAAGAAAAGAGAGAAGGAAAUUAAAAAUAUUGCUGAAGAAGUGGGUAUUCCAAGCGAAUGGGAGUCAAUUCGUAAAAUGAUUGCAAAAUUAAGCAGUAGACUUCGAACUGAAUUGGUACGGAAAAAAGCUUAUCUUUCUAAAGGCAAAAUAUAUACACCUGUUUGGUAUAACGAUCUUACUAUGUUUUUAAAGCCAAAACGAAAAAAAGCUGAGGUCAAGUGCAAAACUGAGGCUACCUCAAUUGUUCUUCCUGCAACAACAACAGCUAAAAAAAUGCCAAUGCCCGAAUGUCUUUUAAAUGAGGUUCAAAGCAUUCUCUUAGCGGAAAUAUACAAACAGUAUUCUUGUCUUUGGGAUGAAACGGAUAUAGCAUACAGAUUCGGUAACAGACGCCGGGAAGCUGUAAAAUCUGUUCACGAUACAUUUAAUAAAAAAACAGGGUUAAGUCUGACGCUUUACGAUAUCGAAUAUGAAAUUGGACGACUUCGAAAAAUAUGCUCUCAUGAAAAAAGACUAAAAAUAUUAUGCAAACAACAAAAUAAGAACUAUAGGCCAGGUUGCAAAUUUUAUGAACACAUUUCAUAUCUCGAAGUAGAUGUUACUCCCUAUGAAUGUUCGAUAUGUGGGAAAAUAAUUGCGGGCGUACGCCAGUACAAAGUACAUGUUGCAUCUCAUGAUGGUUCACUUCCAUUUAAAUGCCAUGUGUGUGGUCAUGGUUUUAAGUUGCCCUCAAAUUUAUCGGUACAUUUACGAAGGCAUGUCCACGACUACUUAUAUAAAUGUGAGGUAUGCAACAAGCCGUGCGCAACGACCACAGAAAUAAAAACCCAUAUGCGCUCACACACCGGUGAAAAGCCAUACGUUUGCGAUGUCUGCGGUAAAAAUUUUCGUGCUUCGUCAAAAAUGAAUAUACACAUGCGAAGGCAUGAGAAUAAACCUACCCACAUGUGUGAAAUAUGCAAUAAGGGUUUCUAUAGUAAAUGGUUUUGUAGAGAACACAUGAAAGUGCACCAAAAUGUGCGAGAUAAAAUUUGCAAUAUUUGUAAUAAAGGUUUUAUAAGUACCAGGCAUCUGCACCAACACAAACAGAUCCAUGCUGUAGAAAAGAAAUAUGCCUGCAAAAUCUGCGAUAAACGAUUUGCUCAAUAUGCCGGUUUAAGUUCUCAUAUGAAGUCACAUGGGACGACAUUAGUUGCAGCAAGUUCAAAAGACCCUAUAGUUACGCUUUAAAGUAAAAUACAAUUAUAGUGCUUCUCUAUUUGGUUAGUGAAUAAAAAAGUAUUUAUUUUAUAUUUAAACACAAAUAUUUUUAAAAUUUAUUCUGUAAACACUAUUGUCAUAACGAAGCAAACAAUUUAUGCAAAGUACUCAGACACUUGUCGAAAAGCAGACUAGGUGAAAUUUAAAUACAAAUGUAUCAUACAUAGGAUUCCUGAUUGUCAUAUA